AUGCGCGAGUCUGUCUAUCACGAAAUAGUAGCCAUGCUCGAAGCAGACUUUCCGCCCAUGGAAAUUGUGCAACGUCAUUCAACCAUUCGUGCGCAAAAGUCGCAAGAGUGGCUCAAGAAGACUGCCUACCAGCACUCGAGCCCAGAGGCAAUGCUGCUCUACUGGCGCGCAUUCACAGCGAUGGCCUUCCCUGCAGACCAGGUGAAUGCGAGCAACCCAAGUCCAGCGCCAUCAGCACCAUCGCCGACCGAGCUCACACCCGAGAACUCUAUUGCAUGGCAAUUGUGCAUGCGGUAUAAUAUUCCGCCGUGUACAUUGGCCCGAGUGCUGCUUUCACUCUUUCUAGCGCAAGGAGAUGUACGAGAUGGCAUUUCCAAGAAAAACCCAAGGGUCAAGGAGUUGAUGCAGCGGCCAGAACUCAUUCCAGACUUGGUGCUGCGAAGAGAAGUGCAGUGUUGCAUUCAAUACGACGACAUGACUUCCCCUCUUGUUGAGCGCGUCAAACAUUGCGUUGGUGCCGAAUACGAAGCACUAUUGCAAGAGAAGCUUCGAAACUUGGGCAUUCCGUUUCUGAAUGAAGAAGACAUGCGAAAAGCCGACGCUCAUAAAACCCCUGAUAUCAAGCUGCAAGCUCCAAUCGUGGUCAACGGCAGCGUCGUCCUAUGGAUAGAAAGCAAGGCGUAUUUUGGAGACCGGCCAAACCACACACGAAAUCAAGCGCAGUUAUUUGGAUAUCUGAGCCGGUAUGGCCCAGGCAUGGUUAUUUACUGGUUUGGCUUUAUUGACGAGCUCAACGUCGACCACGACAAGGGCAUCCAGAUGCUGGAUCAUUUCCCGACCAAAGUGUCGAUGGAGCUUCCCCCAGGCAUGGCUAGCGAUUCCCUAUGAG